AUGGUAAAGAUAAGUGAAAUAAACAGCACGUCGACCUUUGCGUGGAGUCUGGAUGCAUUGCCAUUGUUGGCGACGGGCACCGUUGCCGGAGCAGUUGACAUAAAUUUCAGCUCGUCAGCGAAGUUGGAGAUUUGGGAUAUCUUCUCUCCAACAAAGAGCCUGAUAUUUUCUGGACCCGUGGAACACAAGUUUUAUGCAUUGACCUGGUCAAAGCCAUUUGAAGGAAGAAGCAAAGGGUUGUUGGCUGGAGCUUUCGAAGACGGCACGGUGGAGUUUUGGGACGCUGAGAUUUUGAUCAAGACCAAGGAUCUUGCCAAGGCAUCUGUUCACAAGUCGAAUAAACACACGGGAGCCGCCAAGUCCUUGCAGUUUAACCCAAUCCAGCACCAUAUUCUUGUCAGUGGCGGUUCCCACGGGCAGAUAUUCAUUUGGGACACCAAGACCUUGGGCGAACCCUACACUCCUGGCCAGGCCAUGACCCCCAUGGAUGAAAUCAGCUGCGUCGCCUGGAACAACUCUGUUGGCCACAUAUUUGCAAGCACCGGCAACAGCGGGUACACCUCGGUGUGGGAUUUGAAGUCGAAAAAGGAAGUGUUGCACUUGUCCUAUAGUGGUGCCUCUGGAAAAGCCAACUUCUCCCACGUUGCCUGGCACCCUACAAAGUCGACGAAAUUGAUCACCGCGAGCGACAGCGAGUCCUGUCCCGUGCUUUUAACUUGGGACUUGAGAAACUCCAAUGCCCCUGAAAAAGUGUUGGAAGGGCACAAGAAGGGUGUCUUGUCCUUGGAUUGGUGUAAGCAGGACCCCGAGCUAUUGAUCUCAAGUGGCAAAGAUAAUGCCACCAUCUUGUGGAAUCCUAUUGAAGGCAAGAAAUUGGGUGAGUAUCCCACUACUGCAAACUGGGCAUUCAAGACUAGAUUUGCUCCUUCUGCUCCCGAUAUUUUUGCCACGGCUUCGUUUGAUGGGAAAGUGGUUGUUCAAACUAUCCAAGACACCUCUCCGCCGAUUGCUUCAAAAGUGCCUGCUUCUCAUGACGACAAUGAGUUUUGGAGCGAGCUUUCGGUGACGGAAACUCAACAGCCAAUUUUUGAAUCUCAUCAGGCCCCCGCGUGGCUUAAAAACUCUGUAAGCGUCUCGUUUGGUUUCGGGUCGAAAUUGGUGAUUGUCGCCAAGGACUCGAACGGCAAGUCGACGUUGACAGUGACCAAGGCCGUCGUCAAGGGCCAUGAGCAGUCGGAAAAGAUGUUUGAUCUUUUGAAAAAUGGUGAAUAUUCAACCAUCAUUGAGAACCAUUUGCAAGGAAAGGCAAUAAACGCUCAUGACAAGUCUGACUGGGAGGUUUUGGACUCGUUUUCAAAGGGCGGACGCAGCAGAUUGUUUCAGAAUGAUAGCACCACCUCCACCACCACCAUCGACGACAAGGACGACAAGGAUGACAAGGAUGACAAGGAUGAACAGGCUGAAAAGGACGACAAGGACGACAAGGACGACAAGACUGAUGCGGCCUCGGCUCUCGAGUUCAACUUUGAUUCUAUGGACAAACUAAACAACGACGAUGACUUUUUUGCACACCUUGGCAAUGGCACAUCGCAGGAACCAUCUGAAUUCAUUCCAAGUGGAGAUUUCAAGAUUUUCGAACCAAGUAGCAAGUCUACCGACAAGAACCUAAUCAAUUUGGUCUUGAGGAACGAGAUUGACAAUGCGGUUGACUCUUGUUUAAAACAAGAGAGGUUGUUGGACGCUUUGAUUUUAGCUUUGGACGGUACCAAGGCUGUCAAGGAGAAAGUGAGACAGGCUUAUUUUAAAAAGGAGAAAGAAAGCAGCUUGGCCAGAAUCAUAUACAAUGCCACGGGCAAUAACGUCACUGAUCUUGUUGCGCACGCCAACGUUGCAGACUGGAAAGAUAUCGCGAUCGGUAUCUCGUCCUUUGCUAACGACAAUAACGAGUACAACGAGAAAAUAUCUGAAUUGGGUGACAGACUCUUGGAAAGCGACAAGUCUAAUAGAUAUGAUGCCAUUUCUUGUUAUAUUGCUGGUGGUGCAUUGAACAAGCUUGCAAAACUUUGGUUAGAAGAAUUGUCACAAUAUCAAGCCGACUUGUUGAAAUCGGAGGACAAGGAAAUCUCGUCUCCUUCUGAAGCUCGUUUGCAUGCCUUGACAAACUUUGUGGAAAAAGUGCAAAUUUUCAGGCACUAUGCAAAAUCAGAUGGCGUGAUCUCGGGUCCAAGUGCAGAGCCUACUGCAAAGGCUAUUUUGGAGUUUGUCAACCUCGUCUCGGGAUUGGGACAAUUUGACUUGGCCGACAAGCUUUUGCAAUCGUUGCCUGGUGAACUUGUUGGCGUUGAAAAAGAGAGAAUUUCAAAAGCCUCUGGAAAGGAACCCGUUGUUGCUCAAACUGCAAAAACAACAAAGUCUCAGAGAAGACCGCUGGCUGUCCUGAGAAGAGCCCUGGUUACCCCUGCACAACCGCAAAGUGCCAGGCUGUCAUUUAGUGCAAUGGCAACCCCGACACCAAAUGUGUUCCAACCUUCGGUGGCUCCCGUGCAAGAGGCAAGACCUGCAUUCCAGCCAAACGCACAGCCACCUAUGCCCCAACAAGCUCCCAAUGUUUAUGCUCAGCCAUCUACCCUUCCUGCCGUUGCACCUAGAACGACGAACCCAUAUGCUCGCGCUAACCCAUACACUCCAAACAACAUUUACAGCGCGGCUUCACCCGUGCCUUCUCAACCACCAGUGGCACCGGGCCUCGCGCCGGGCGGCCCUGCAAGCGUCGGACCGCCACCAGCUCUGAAGGCGAACAACGACAGUGGUUGGAAUGAUUUGCCAGACAACUUCAAGGCCAAAACGACUGCUCCGCGUCGUGCUGCCGCUGCUACUCCCGUUGCUGCUGCCGCCAAUGUAAAUUCACUUGCACCUGGUGCCGGUCUUGGUGCUGGUUCUGGUUCUGCCGCUGUGGCCUCCGCUUGGCCCUACUCCAGCCAAUCCAAUCUCAGUCAAGCUUCAUUUGGACCUCCAAAGAGGACGAUUUCUACAAACAGUAUUGCGCCUCCGCCUAGAAGUGCGAGCCGCACAGCGUCGAAGAAUUCCUUGGCACCAGCUCCAGCAGCGUCGCCAAAGCCAGCUCCAAGCUCAAAGUAUGCGCCUACGUUAAGUACUGGUUUACAGCAGGGAACUCCAGUGACGAGUGCCCCACCAACGGCGCACCCAUCACCUCGUGUUGCCAAAAAGAACCCAUAUGCACCCACCGCGGAAGAAAUUCCUCAAAAAAUCUCGUUUGCUUCACCCCCGGCACACCUGAUUACAAGUCGUCCGACGACUCCUACUCCCGCGCCACCAAAGAACCCAUACGCGCCACCUCCUAGCAAUGCUGGAUUUGGGCCUACAUCUUCGUUGCCUGCGCCUCCGCCUCCGCAAGCAUUCGGCAUGAGCACAAACACACUGCAAUCGACAUUUAGCGGCCUUCCGGCACCGCCAUUCACUGGACCUGCAUUUGGUGUUGGUGGUGGUGCUCCUCCUCCUCCUCCUCCUCCAAAUGGUGCUACAUCCGGUCGCGUUUCCGUCAAGGAACAACCGCCUGCGCAAGCGCCCGCGCCGGCACCAGUUGUUGCAAAGCACCCCAAGGGCGAUAGAACACAUAUACCACAGGAAUCGUUACCUAUUUACACUUCGUUGAGCAAAGUCGUCGAGGCCAUUAGGCCCAACAUCCCUGAGAAAUACGCUAGGCAUGGCGCUGACAUGGAGCAGAGGUUAGGUUUAUUGUUUGACCACUUGAACAACGAUGAAUUGUCGUCGGCUCUCUUGGAUGCGUUGAAGAAAUUGUCCGCCAGCUUGGAGCUGAAGGAUUUCGAGACUGCCAAGGUACUCAACAUUGAUGUCGCGACUAACUUUGGCGAUGAGUUGGGCAACUGGCACACUGGUCUCAAGAGGCUCAUCACGAUGGCUGAGGCAAUGUACUAG